AUGGCUUCGAUCUUGAAAAAAUCAGCAAAGGACAUUGUCGUCUUGUCGGCUUUGCGUACCCCAGUAACCAAGUCGAUAAAAGGUGGCUUGGCUCAAUUGUACCCCGAGGAGCUCCUCUACCAAAUCUUGAAAGGUUCACUCGAGAGAUCCAAGGUCGACCCGCAGUUGGUGGAUGAUGUUUUGGUUGGCGCUGUGUUGCAAACCUUGGGUGGUCAGAAGGUUUCGGCAUUGGCGGUUAAAAAGGCCGGCUUCCCCAUCAAGACUACAGUCAACACCAUAAAUCGACAAUGUGGAUCAUCGGCUCAGGCGAUAACGUACAGUGCCGGCUCUUUACUCAGCGGUGAGAACCAAUUUGCCAUUGCUGCCGGUGUCGAGUCGAUGACACACGAUUACUUUCCCCACCGAGGCAUCCCCACUAGAGUCUACCAGCCAUUUUUUGAAAGUGCCGACGAAGAAGCUAGAAAUGUGUUGAUGCCCAUGGGUCUCACUAGUGAGGCAGUCGCAGAACAAUUUGGCGUUGGCAGAAAGGAACAAGACGAAUUCGCGGUGCAGUCCCAUUUGAAGGCUGCCAAGGCCAUCGAAAGUGGUCAUUUCGCUAAUGAAAUUGUCCCUGUUGAAGCACGCACUCCAGAAGGCGACGCCGUCACGAUUUCCAAAGAUGAUGGAGUAAGAGCUGGUUCAACCUAUGAGAAGUUGCUGACUUUGAAGCCCGUGUUCAAAGAAGAUGGUGCUACUACUGCAGGUAACUCUUCGCAGAUCUCGGAUGGAGCAUCAGCAGUCAUUUUGACAACCAGGGAGAAUGCCGAGAAAUACGGAUACAAACCUAAAGCCAGGUUCAUCGGUUCAGCAGUAGCAGGUGUUCCAGCUGGUCUCAUGGGAAUCGGGCCCUCGGCUGCUAUUCCUCAAUUAUUGGACCGGUUGGGCGUUUCCACCAAGGACAUUGACAUUUUCGAGUUGAAUGAGGCAUUUGCCUCCCAGCUGAUUUACUGCAUUGAGAAGCUCGGCUUGGACUACGCAAAAGUCAACCCUUACGGUGGUGCCAUUGCUAUUGGACACCCAUUAGGUGCAACUGGUGGUAGGGUCACUGCAACUUUAUUGAAUGGUUUAAGAGCUCAAAACAAGGAAUUAGGCGUCAUCUCCAUGUGUACCUCCACCGGUCAAGGUUACGCUGCCUUGUUUGCCAAUGAAGAGUAG